GAUACGCGUUUAAAAGAUCCUCACUGAAAGCUCACUGUUCACAGGUCUUCUAAACUUGUUAUCAAGGCACUUGUCUGAAACUCCAAAGCGUAAACAUGGUUGAGUGGACAGAGUUCGAGCGCGCCACCAUCCAGGACCUUUUCUCCAAGAUGGACUACGACACUGUGGGUCAACAAUCCCUUGCAAGAUGUCUUAUCGUCUACCCCUGGACCCAGCGGUACUUUGGCAACUUUGGAAACCUGUACAACGCCGCCGCCAUCAUGGGAAACCCGAAGGUUGCUGCUCACGGCAAGGUUGUCAUCCACGGGCUGGACAGAGCUGUGAAGAACAUGGACAACAUCAAAGCAACCUAUGCCGAACUAAGUGUUCUGCACUCCGAGAAACUCCACGUCGAUCCUGACAACUUCAGGCUUUUGGCUGACUGCAUGACCGUCGUUGUUGCCGCACAACAGGGAGCUGCAUUCACACCUGAUGUCCAGGCCGCUUUACAGAAGUUCCUCGCUGUUGUGGUCUCCUCUCUUGGAAGACAGUACCACUAGAGACCAAACAUGCUUUGACUGAUGAACAAAGAGCCAACUGAUGUUUCGACAAAAUAAUGUGUUCUUCUAUGUUAAAGCAAAUAAAUGUUUCAGUAUUCAAUA